UUGCACUUUGGGAGAUGUAGUCCUUUUGCCUUCCCGCUGUGGCAACUCAGUAACACUUGAGAUCCUCAAACUACUAUUCCCAGGACUUCUAGGGGUUUCCCAGGUUGCUUUGCAAAGACAUAGUGGGGCGAUCGUGAAUGUCGGCACAGAAGGUAAUCAAAGCACUUUAAUUCAAGUAAAAAGAUGCCGAAAGAGUAGGGGAGGUGGACGUCAACGUCCUUCGGGAGACUUUUCGACUGCAGAAGCUAACGUUUUUGCCGAACACGCCGCGCAGAAUUUCCGGUGUGAAUGUGUAGACUUGAGUAGGCGUCCGCCUGGGGUGUAGCGGGAAGUGAAGCUUUUCGAGGUUGGCAUCUUGCAUAAACGGAGCGGCUUUCUGUGAACAUGAUUUGUACUUUUCUACGAGCUCUACAGUGUACGGAGAAGCUGCACAGGUCUUCGGGGAAGCGGCUGUUUUUGCCACACUUGGUGCUUAACAAAGCUUGCUUGAAAACUGAGCCCGGUUUGAGAUGGGGGCUGCAAGAGCGGAAGAAAACGGUGCGGCCUCCGUGUAUUGUUGGAGUCUCCCAGAAAACCAUCUGGACGCAGGGACAGAGCCCCCAGAGAGCCAAGGAGGACAGCAGCAAACAAGUGUCUGUGCACAGCAGUCGGAGAGGGGAACCCGUCAUCUCAACGUCACAGAAAGUGAAAGAAGCCGGACGAGAUUUUACCUAUUUGAUAGUGGUGCUUAUUGGAGUCAGCAUUACAGGUGGCUUGUUCUACACGAUUUUCAAAGAACUUUUUUCUUCAUCCAGUCCUAAUAAGAUAUAUGGGAAAGCCUUAGAAAAAUGCAGAUCACACCCCGAGGUGCUCAGUGUCUUUGGGGAGCCUGUGAAAGGCUACGGGGAGGCGACGCGGCGCGGACGAAGGCAGCACGUCAGUUUUAUUGAAUACGUAAAAGAUGGGCUGAAACACAUGCGUGUGAAAUUCUACAUCCAGGGCUCUGAGCCUGGGAAGCAAGGAACCGUGCAUCUCGAAGUGAAAGAGAACCCAGAAAGUGGCGAAUAUGAAUUUCAAUACAUAUUUGUAGAACUUGAACCCUACCCUAGAAGAACUAUUAUCAUUGAAGAUAAUCGGUCCUGAGACAAUUAAAAGAAGCAAGCAAGCAUGCUAAUUGCUGCUGGAUGUUGGGUGGUGCAGACUCACAGCUCUCAUCUUCACAGCUCCUCCACAGUCUAUUUUGAAUAGGACGGGAAAGAGUGUGUAGUUCAUGAAAGUGAAUGUAACUGGGUAGUUGUUGCAUUUAGACAAACUGAACUAGAGAUCUUCUUGUAGAGUGAAAAAUCAUGACAUAGAGCAUAUUUUGUGUUAUCUCAUUGAAUCAUCAAUCGUGGACAGUAUUUGUGCUCUACUUAAAAUCAUCUUUUAUGAUAAGAAAUUUUGAUUAUUAAAAAUUUUUCACCAUGUAAAUAAGAAAACAGA